AUGGUGCAAAGUGAUAUCAUUUUAAUAAUUAUUAUUUUAAUAUCAAGUUUGUUGAUAAGUUUGAUAAAUUUUAGUGACGGUAGUAGUAGUAACUGUAGUGAUAAGUACUGUCUGUACAUGGUAGAUGAUUUAAAAAAUUCUGGUAACUUAACAUUGGAUGAAAAUUCAUGUUCAGGAAAGAGUAACAAUAGAAAUGGUUGGUUGUUGGAAGUCUACGAUGAAGAUGUUCAGCUACUGGUCGAUGGGUUCAUUGAGAAAAAUAAUUUGAAGAAUAAAAAUUUUCUCCUGGGAACCAAAAUGAAUAGGAGUGGUUGGAUGUGGAUAAAUAAUUAUCAAUAUAGUGGUAAUGUUGACGAUCAAAGUCUAAAUGGAUUCAAUUCUGUUGCAUACAUGAGUAAUACGAAUGUUGGUUCAAAUCUUCAAACUGAUUUGAGAUACGUAGCUGAUGUGCCGACAAAAAAACAUGAAGUUUUGUGUUCUAUAUCAAAUCCCACAAACUGCAGCCGGUCAAAUAGUUCGCUCUAUCAAGGCAUUUGUUACUUCAUUAUAAACGAACUUUACACGUGGUAUGAUGGAGAGAUGGAGUGUAGAAAACUGGGAGGUAGUCUGGCCAUUUUGGGUGGAGGCUCGAGUAUGAAAGAUAUUUGGAGAACUUUCAUGUUUUACAUGAAAUGGGUGCCUGGCUAUCCAAAUAAUUCACUUCAUAACUCAUGUAUCGCCGUUGGUUCUUACAACAAAACUGGAAAUGUGAAGAACGGUCUAACGAACUACAAUUGCUCCUCAACUGAAUUUCAUUAUAUCUGCAUGGAAGUUAAACCAACAAAUGCCACUGAUCCGAUGAGAUCGGCAGAAAAUGUUUCCACCGAAAGCCAAAGGACAAGCGUAAUAAUAUGCCUUAGCGUUCUAUUACCCCUUCUAGCUCUAAUAAUAACUUUUUCCAUUGUCAUAUUCGCCAGAUAUAGAAUUCUUCACAGAGAGGUGACCAUGAUGAGAAAACAAGCGAAUGAUAGGAUCGAUAGAACUAGUGAUGGGAACUACCUAUCUCUUCAAGAUGUUGGUCAGGUUGAUGACGGCAGACCUUACGAAAGUCUUUCAAACGUACAUAUCUAA